ACUGCACAGAGGUUUUUGCUGCCGCGUGAUCCCUGUUUUGUAUGAUGCAUACUCACUGGUUAUCCAUCGCAGUGUCCGUAGAAGCAUGCGUUGGAAAAGUUUCCGAACAGUAGCAGACGUUGCAAAGCCUUGACAGUGACCCGCGUCUCAUGUUACAGGCCUGGAGCCGGAAGAUCGCCGGCGCUGUUUUGCGAAGGUGCUGCUGCCUGCGCGUGGAUUUCCGCGGCUCCGCUACAUCGUGCGGCACGGAGGGCAAUCGCGUGUUGCCGCGAACGAUGAAGCUCGACAGCCCUCAGUUCCGCGCGCUCUUCACUCCCGAGGUGAAGGAGCUCGUGGACAUAUUCAAGCGGCACGGCCACGAGCUACGCAUCGCCGGAGGCGCCGUGCGAGACCUCCUGAUGCACAAGCAGCCGCACGACUUGGACUUCGCCACGACCGCCACACCGACCGAGAUGAAGGAGAUGUUCGAGAACGAAGGGGUGCGCAUGAUCAACACCCGGGGCGAGAAGCACGGCACCGUGACGGCGCGCAUAAACGACAAGACAAACUUCGAGGUCACCACGCUGCGUGUAGACGUGGUCACUGACGGACGUCACGCCGAGGUCGAGUUCACCACCGACUGGCACACGGACGCCAACCGACGCGACCUCACCGUGAACGCGCUCUUCUUGGGCCUCGACGGCACCGUGUACGACUACUUCCGCGGCAUCGAAGACCUGGAGAAGAGGCGCGUCGCCUUCGUCGGGGACCCCGCACAGCGCAUACAGGAGGACUACCUCAGGAUCCUGCGCUACUUCCGGUUCUACGGUCGCAUAGCAGUCGAGCCGGACAGUCACGAACCGGAAACCCUGACGGCCAUUCGGGAAAACGUCGGCGGCCUCGCGCGCAUAUCUGGUGAGAGACUCUGGACCGAGCUCAAGAAGAUACUAGUGGGCAACUUCAACAAGGAGCUUAUGUGUCGCAUCGUGGACGUGGGCGCGGCUCCCUUCCUGGGCCUCCCAGUCUCUCCGGACCUCCACGAGUUCUGCAAGGUGUGCGACGCCUCCAAACAGCUCGAGCCACAGCCCAUGACUCUCCUGUCCGCGCUUCUACAAAACGAAUCGGACGUCACAAACAUGCACAACCGGCUAAAGCUUUCCGCCUACGAGCGAGACCUCGCCCUGUUUGUCGUCACCCACCGGGAUGACGAGUCCUCUUUUGGGGACAGACUUAACCCUUCCAGGCAGCUGCUCUUCACUACCAAGGGCAAGGUCGGGGAUGUCCAGGAGUGGAUCUGCGAGGUACUCAAGUAUCGAGCAGACGCCGAACUCCUGGAACGGUUUCGGUGUUGGGACGUGCCCAAGUUUCCAGUCAACGGCAACAUGCUCAUUGAGCGGGGUCUUCGGAGUGGUCCCAAAUUUGCGACUGUGCUGACAAAGCUGAAAGAGCAUUGGUUCGACAGCGACUUCUCGUUGACGGCGGACGAGUUACUCGAGAAGCUUCCGGACAUUCUAGCCGAGGUCAAAACAAAUAGUAAAUCGAAAAAGGCUUGAAGCUUAUUUCUGUUGAAUGGUUAGGCCAUCAAGCUCACACAGUUAAAAGGAAAGGUGUGAGGUGAAGGUGCUUCGGCUGCAUUGCUGGGCCUGCAUGGAGUUAGUUCUCAGACAACAGAUCAAAGAACCCGUGUCAGUGUAGUCGGCAACAUUCCCUUCAGCCUGUAAAGCAAACCUGUCUCUUCCAAUGUAGCCCUGGGCAACAUUACAAUGGCCUCACGCAAUAGUUGCCAGAGGUUUUGACGGAGGCCCAGACGAGAAUGGAUAGGUAGCACCUUGUGAAUUAUUCGUUUUAACGAGGUCGUAGAGAACUCUCCAAAAGACAUGCUCAGAGACUCUAUCUUUAUUCAACGCCAGUUCACGCAAAUCACACGCAAGCUCUAGAGCAGCAAUGCACACAACUCAAUGACUGAAAAGAAAUGUGUGCAGCGACACGCCAUUCCAUUGCUCCCUUCAAAAGAACAAAAUGCAACUCUCUAUUUUCUCAGUCCCAAAGACUUCAAUAAAUCUACGCACUCCUCCCA